UUGCACACAGGUUAAGAAGAGGACGGAGGAGGUUGUAUUCUGUGAUUUAAUUUUUUAGUCCGCGAGUAGUUUUUCGACCGAUAUCAAAUCAUUCCAACUUUAUUAUAUCGCGUAUUUUUUCUAAAAUACAUCAUUUGUCGAAAUAUUGCGAGGGAGAAGCCAGAGGGAGCCGGAUUAGGUUUGUGGCGUCCCCGUGGGGCGAGGAGAUUGAUGUACGACUCGAGUACACGGUUUAACACCAACUUUCGGCACAUGAAAACGAAAACCACCGCAGGACUGAGGAGAUCAGAGAGAAGUGGAGAGAUACCAACUUCACCGACCUGGAGCCAAACUGGAGACAAAGUUUCACGAAAGGAGGAAGUCAACAAGCCCUGCUUCUUCACGAUAACAAAGAGGUGACAUACAGUAUAAGCAAAAAUGGGAGGUGGUGAGAGAUACAACAUUCCAGUUUCCCACCCAGAUCACGACACUCGGAAGAAAAACCAUCAUGCUGACAGACAGCAGAAUAAGAAUCAGAACAUUGCUGCAAUGAGAUUAGCUCAUGCCAAGAAGGGAGAAAGGGGCCAAAGCUGGUACCCUCUGAUUCCUGAUGCACGGCAGGCUGUGCAGAUGGAAAGGAAGAACACUGUUCGAUUUGCCACUUGCAACCAGAACUGGGAUACAGCUGUAUCCCGCUUUAAUGCGCUCUUUAAAGCGCAGUAUAACCAAAAUUAUGCUGGAGCCAAGUUCAGUGAGCCACCGUCGCCAAGUGUUCUUCCUAAGCCACCAAGCCAUUGGGUGUCCAUCUCUGUGACGCCUUGUGAUCAUAGAGAGAUCAUGACCUUCCAGCUGAAGACCCUACUUAAAGUUCAGGCCUGAGCUUUAGACGAUUGAAAUUGAUCCAAGGGUAUUGACUUGUACAGUGCUUGAAACUAAUCAAGUCUUUCUUCAGUAGUGGUAGGCAGAAUAAGAGUCACCUUUUAAUGAGAUCUGCUGUAGCAAUUAGCAAAACCACUUUUGGAAGAUCUUGCUGCAAUAUGCACAGGUUACACUUGAACAUAUGAACUGCGGUCUGUAACUAGCCGUGUCCUGUUCUAUAGACUUUGCACUGCAACUCUUGUAUUUUUUUAUUUUAAAUUUGCGCUGAGCGCACUGCACUAUAGGAGUUGCAUCCGUGCUGGUCUUUAGACGUUCUGAAUUGGCACUAUUAGGUCAGUCUGUGUUCAAUUUAUCAAUGUGUAGUCAUCCACAAUUCUGUAGUUCUGUCUUUUAUGUAGAGAAUCAAUGUUGUAGUUUUGUGUUUUGAUUUUUAUGGGGCUCAAUCUAAAGUGCCAUAUUAACCAGUUCAGUUACCAUUGACUUUUAAAAUAAUUUGAAAUACAGUAUCUUGCAGCAUUUGGGUUUUUAGCUAUGAAUAACCAAGUCAGUGAUUUCAGUUGUUUACAUAUAAAAGGUCUCUUAGGUUUGCUUGCCAAUAUCAUCACUGCCCUGUCUCGUGUUUUUUUUUUUUUUUUUUUUUCUUCCCCCAGCUCACACUUGUUUCCAUUCAUGCAAGACAAGUGUUAUCUAGGGGAGACUCAAUUACUUUCUCUCUUUUUUUUUUUGAUAGCUUCACACCUAUUUUAUUUGCCCAGAUUGACGUGUCUUCUAAUUUUGAGCCCUGUAAACCGGAUUUUGACCAUUGUAGCUUAUUUGGCCAUUAAAAAAAAAUGCAAUCCUGUUAAGAGCCAUGUAAAUAAGUGUAAAACAUGUAGCAUAUGUAUUUUGUGCAGGGAUAUUUACCUGCUGGAUAAAAUAUUUUUUACUAAGAACACUGAAUGUAAAAGUCAAAAAAAGGAUGUGACUUGGAAAAAUACUAAACACAUUUUGUAAAAAAAAAACAAACAAAAAAAUAAUUUAAGCACAAGUGUCAAUGCCCUGUGCACUGUGUAGUGUAACUAAUGAUCUUGCACAUAUUGUUUUUAUUUUUUUGUAAGAUGUUUUUUUUAUUGUGUUCAGUGCAAAAUAUUAUUUUAUUUAAAAAAAU